UAGUAAGCAAUAAACAUGAAGCCCUCAAAUAUUCUCGUAAUCUUAACCAUUUUCUCUAUGUGCUGUUUCCUUUGCUUGGCACACAACGCCCCUCAAGACUACCUAGACGUGCACAACAAGGCUCGUGCCGAGGUUGGUGUUGGCCCACUCGUGUGGAACGAAACCCUUGCCUCCUAUGCCAUGAACUAUGCUAAAUCGAAGCACGAAACCUGCGAAAUGGUGCACUCCCAAGGGCCUUAUGGCGAGAACCUUGCGGAGGGUUCUGACCCCCAAAUGAAUGCCGCUGAUGCUGUGAAAUUAUGGGUGGAUGAGAAGGCCUUCUAUGACUAUGGUACCAACGCGUGUGUUAAAGAUGAGUGCAGACAUUAUACACAAGUGGUUUGGAGCAAUACCAAGCAGCUUGGUUGUGCCAGAGAAAGUUGUAAGAAUGGAUGGACAUUUUUCAUUUGUAGCUACUACCCACCAGGAAAUUAUGUCGGCGAUAAACCUUACUAGAUUUAAGGUCUCAUAUUUUUUAUCUGUGGCUAUGACCCAGCAUGAAAUCAUGUUUUUUAUUUGUUGCAUAACAUUUACAUAUAGGGUGUGACAUGAGAGCUA